UCUAGAUGAUGACAGACAUAACAUUUAUCAGGAAGAGACAAAACACUGACACGAUGAAAAUGCUGCUCUGUGUUGGGAUCGUCAUGACGCUCGCUACAUAUGCGCGCGCGAGAUCAGAGCCGAUUGGUGUUCCAGCAGAUCCAAGUUGUGUUCUGGAUAUGAAUCCUGGUAUAGUUGUAGAGAACUAUACCGCGCCGCGRUACUAUUACGACAGACACACAGCGACAUGUAAGCUGUUUAAAUACGGUGGKUGUGGAGGAAAUCCUAACAACUUUGCUACUGAAGACGACUGUCUUAAGAGAUGUCUACCGAGACCGUGCGUCUCCCCACCUGUUGUUAAGCCAAUCAACCCUAUCUGCUAUUUACCGAAAUCCAUUGGCGUCGGUAACGCUGGGCAUCUUCCACGAUAYUACUUCAACACAGCCACAGGGAAGUGUGAACUGUUCUGUUAUAGUGGCUGUAAUGGAAAUGCUAACAAUUUUUACUCAAAAGCGCAAUGCGAGCAAACAUGUCUUGGGUGCGCAACAAGUGAAUUUUAUGAUCAGCCACGGGAUGAUGCUUGCCCCACUCUAAACCACAAGSCUCAAAGUUGUUAAACGAAAAGCCGACAGAACCGAGGAUGAAACGACAUCAAAUCAAAUCUGUUAAUUUGCUUCAGCCAUUGAUGAUUUGUAAUUUUCAGUGAUUGUUGAGUGUAUACUCGCUGGGGGAUCCCCCUGACAUACCAAGGCAAAAUGCAGGGACAAAAGCAUUAACAUUCAAAAAAWUCAAGCACAGGAAAAGUUAUCAUAACCUCAGAGUUGACAUAUCAACUUAAAGCUUACAACAUCAGCUUCAUUUUUAAUGCAAUUAUUUAGAUGAGAUUUACAUGUUACCAUAGUAACCAGGAGUAAUGCUUCAAAAAAUAUCAGGGUGAAAAAUAAAAACUAAUAUAAACCUCACACACUAACAGACUUUUAAUGUGCUGUUGUUUACAGGUAAAAUGAAAUAAGCUAUCUUUAUCUCAAUAUAAACAGAUAGAAAUAGUGAAAAUAUGUAGUAACUAUACAGAAAUGGAAAAAAAUUACAAUUCAAAACUUAGCCAGAGG